UCCCAUUUUCUCAGCACACGGAAACAAACAAACAAAAUUCUUCCUUUCCUUUUCUUCCCAAUCUCUCUCUCUGCCUCUCUCUCUCUCUCUCUCUCUCUGCAAGGAAAAUAAUAAAUUUUUUAUUUUUACAAAAAAAUUUAAUCUCCAUUAUAUUACACCUCCAUCUCAGUUUUGCUUUCUUUCUCUAAAAUCAAGAAUUUUUGAAAAUGAAUAGUCUCUCUUCUGUUCUGUUUUAGUUUGAAUCUUUACUUUACCUUUUUCUGUUCUAUCGAGACUGUUAAGCAUCUCCAGCUUCAAAAUCAAGAUUUCCGGAGUUUUCAGCUGUCUGGGUCUCCGGGAAAAAAUGGGUUCUUGGUGAGAAAAUCCCGGAAUUUUUUUGUCUUUUUAGUAUGGAAGCAAGGGAAGGUAUGAACAGUGGCGCUGUUACAGUGGUGGGAUCAGAUGCUCCAUCGGAGUACCACGUGGCACCUCGGGCCGAAAACCCGACUCCGGCCACUGGAUCAACUUCGGCGGCCACCAACGAAGCCGGCGUGCAGCCGCCGGCGGUGGCUGCUCCGUUAACUGUGAAGAAGAAGAGGGGGAGGCCGAGGAAGUACGGACCUGACGGGACGAUAGCGAUGGCACUGUCGCCGAAGCCGUCGGCGACGCCGCCGGUGAUCGACUUCUCCGCCGGGAAGCGGGGAAAAAUGCGGCCGGUGGGCUCAGCCAGCAAGCAACAGAUGUACAAGAUGGACAUGGAGAGUCUGGGUGCUCAAAGUGAAUGGGUUUCAUGCUCCGUUGGUGCUAAUUUCACACCCCAUGUGAUCACUGUCAAUACUGGAGAGGAUGUUACCAUGAAGGUGAUAUCAUUUUCUCAGCAAGGGCCUCGAGCUAUAUGUAUUCUUUCUGCAAGUGGUGUAAUUUCAAGUGUCACGCUCCGCCAGCCUGAUUCUUCUGGCGGUACAUUGACAUAUGAGGGUCGAUUUGAGAUACUCUCCCUCACUGGAUCAUUUAUGCCAGCUGAGACUGGAGGAAUAAGGAACCGAUCUGGUGGCAUGAGCGUUUCUUUGGCAAGCCCAGAUGGACGAGUACUUGGGGGUGGAGUUGCCGGUCUAUUAGUGGCUGCCAGCCCUGUGCAGAUCGUCGUAGGCAGUUUUCUGGCUGGGAACCAGCAUGAACAAAAACCUAAGAAACAGAAAACGGAGACCAUCGCAACUACCACAGCUACACCCACUGCUGCAAUCCCAAUCUCUAGUGCGGAGAUGGAAGAGACAUACGCUGCGCCACCACCAGCAUCAAUCACACCGAAGCCAAAUCUCUCAACAUCUGUUUCCUUUCGCGGAGAUAGCUGGAGUCCGUUGCCACCAGACUCGAGGAACAAGCCGGCUGAUAUCAACGUGACCCUUCCUGGGUAGUCAAAUCCUGCUGAUGAUGCAAUUCUUCUAUUCUAAAUGAGCUUUGUUACUGACCAGUGACCACAUUGGCUAUUAAACUACAGAUGCGUUUUAGUUGGCCGUUGUCUGUGUCUGUGAACUUUGUAGCUGUUGAUUUAUGCUCUGAUGGGAUGGGGUUUGUGUUUUCUCUCCGAGUUACAUAAUUGGAUUAGUAGUAGUAGCACACUAGGUAGGCUUUUCUCUAGUUUCUCCUCUCCUCUUCUCUUCUGCUGUUGUCUUGUAGAAUAUUGUUAUUGGUGUAUCAAUAUCAUAACCCCUGGAGUUGCCCUUUUCUCCUGCUGCAA